AUGAAAGUGCCUAGUGUAAUUUUAGUGCUCAUAGUAUGCCUGUCGGCGGCCACACCACUACUGGCCUCCAGUGCCGCCGGCGACGUAGUCGGCAAACUGACGGUCGGAUAUCAGGGAUGGUUUGCCGCCAAAGGGGAUAACUCGCCGCGUAAUUCGUGGAUUCAUUGGGUGGACAACAGCGACCAUCCCUACAAAGACCACCAAAAGUUUGACGUCUGGCCGGACACUCGGGAAUACACGCAUACCUACCAAACGGGUUACGCGAACCUCGGUAAUGGACAGCCGGCUAAGUUGUUCUCGUCGUGGGAUAAGCAGACUGUGGACACACACUUCAAAUGGAUGCAUGAGGUGAAUAUCCUAGUGCCUAUAUAUCCUAAAAUGAACAACAUCGAUACGGCGGCCCUCCAGCGGUUCGCGGGCGGCGUAAAGAGCGACCCCGUAUACCGCAAACUGCUCAACGGUGUGGCCGACAACGUGAGGGCUGGGGCCGAGGCUCACGGACCCAAGUUUUACGUGAUGUGGGAUAUCAGCGGUUGGAAUAACUUCGCCACAGAAAUCAUCGAAGACUACGACAACAACGUUAAGAGCCUGACCACCAGUAAGGCCUACGCCCACCAGAACGGCAAACCCGUGGUCUGCAUCUGGGGCUUCGGAUUUAACGAUAGGCCGCAGAACAUUACGGGAGCCCUCGCCCUCAUCGAGCACCUCAAGCAACAGGGUCUCUAUGUGGUGGGUGGUGUGCAGACCCAGUGGCGCACCGACACCACCGCCUGGAAGGACGUCUACUUGAAGCUCGAUAUGUUGCAGCCCUGGGCGGUCGGCCGAUUCGGGGGCGUUAAAGGAGCCCAGGAUUAUAAGCCGACGUUGGAGGCGGACCACAACACCCUUAAACAACAUAACAUAGGCUAGUAUUGCUCAGGGUUACUU